AUGAACUUUGCUAUCAACCUCUCUGAUUACUUCCUGUUGAUGGAAGAUAACAUACGGUGCACCCCCAAGUGUAUUUCUUUCAUCUAUUCCAUAUUAUCAGCAUGGAAAGAAUUACGUUGGGUGAUCCUGGAGUUUUCCAGCCUGAACGUCUCAGGGAAAGUUUUCCGCACCAGUGACCUCUCCCGCCUGACCUCUUUCUUCCUCCUCUUCCUUAAGGACACUCCUACUGACUUGCUUCUCUCUGAAUUCCAGCUUCUCUUGGCCCAAAACGUUCCAAUUCGUUUCACUCCCUCUGUCUUGCAUCCUAUGGGCAAUUAUUCUGCGGUCAAAGACAUCUGCUUUCCUGUGGAGAAGGACCAAGUACUGGGUGAACCAGACAACCCCCUUGCUACUGUCCUCACAGACAUGGAAACAAUAUCGAAUGUCGUUCCACAAUAUGCUUAUAUUCUGAAUGAGGAGGGUUACUCUACCUUGGAUCCUUUAGAAGGAAAUCAUUUGAGAGUGAUUCUGGACAGACCACAGAAAGUUAUCCGGGUAGCGGUGCUGACGGGCGUUGAUGAUGGAGGAAAAUACCGGCUGCAGCAGGGGCAAGUGGAACUGGGCUACCAGCCCACUGAAGAGCCCAAAGACUGUGCUCACUAUAUCCUGCUGGGGCCACUGGUGGAAGGAAAUCUGGACCAGAGGGUAUUUUCUAAAGUAGGUUCUGAGGAGAAACUGAGUUGUAUCCGACUGCUGGUGUUAGCAUCUCAAGAGUCUUGGCUAGUGAUCAGGCAGAUCAAAGUCUGGACUGAGCCUGAAGAGGACAGUUAG